AUGUCCGGUCGUUUUCGGGUUUUGACGGUUGGCAAAAUUUGUAAUUUCAUCUCACAAGUGAAAAUUUUACAGAGUGAAGUUAUGGAUAAGUGCCAAGUGUGCAAAUUUGACGACUGUUUAGGCUGCAACCUUUUCCCGCCAAUUCAGCAGGAAGACAAAAAGGGCGGAGCAGCCACGUCUUCUACGACUAGAACUAAAAGAGUGAAGAAAAACUACAGGGGAGUUCGACAAAGGCCGUGGGGAAAAUGGGCUGCAGAGAUACGAGACCCGCGUCGCGCCGUCCGGGUCUGGCUCGGAACCUUCAAUACAGAGGAGGAAGCUGCCCGUGCUUACGAUAAAGCCGCCAUCGAUUUCCGUGGACCCAGAGCUAAACUUAACUUCCCAUUCCCCGACAGCACCAGCAUUGAGAAUGCAACAACACCAUCCGCCGCCGCGGCGACCACCGCAGCAACAAGUAUAGUUUUGUCCGAUCAGAUAAAUGCGAGCAUGGGGACUGAGUUUUGGGAUAGAAUAGGCGAAGAUGAGAUUCAACAAUGGAUGAAGAUGACGGAUUUCGAUGUGGAUGGCAACAACAAUUCCUGGGAUUCUGCUACCACUACCAGAAACCCUAAUAGGUCUUGA